AUGACAACCUUUACGAAGCUGGAUGAGCAGGAUGCUCCGGGAAUCUCCAUACACCCAGACCGCCGCAUUUCGAAAAUCAACCCUAAUAUCUAUGCAGGCUUUGCAGAGCACAUGGGUCGCUGCAUCUACGGGGGUAUCUAUGAUCCUGGUAAUCCAUUGUCAGACGAAGAUGGCUUCCGGAAAGAUGUUCUCGAAGCCCUGAAGGAACUCAAAAUUCCUGUAGUUCGUUACCCUGGUGGUAACUUCACUGCAACAUACCACUGGACUGAUGGAGUUGGCCCGAGAGACCAACGUCCUGCAAGGCCUGAACUUGCCUGGCUGGGUACAGAGACCAACCAGUUUGGAACCGACGAGUUCUUGAAAUGGUGCGAGGUCCUGGAGACUGAGCCCUACCUUUGCCUGAACAUGGGCACUGGUACUCUCGAUGAAGCUUUGGGGUGGGUUGAUUACUGCAACGGCACGCGAGACACCUACUACGCAAACCUUCGACGCAAGAAUGGACGCCAGGAGCCGUACAAUGUAAAAUAUUGGGCUCUUGGAAAUGAGGUAUGGGGCCCGUGGCAGGUUGAGCAGGCUACCAAGGAAGAAUAUGCUCACAAAGCAUACCAAUGGGCGAAAGCUUUAAAACUUCUUGACCCCUCCAUUGAGUUGAUCCUAUGCGGACAGGAUGGCACAGCGUCUUGGGACUACUACACCUUGAAGCAGACCAUGCUCCCUGUCCAUUCACCACUUUCAACCAGUGCUGUCCCUCUUAUCGACAUGCACAGCAUCCACCUGUACACUGCCUCUUCUUCCCAUCUUCCAAAUGUCACAGCACCUCUAGCCGCUGAGCGUGCUAUCGAAAUCACGUCCUCCCUCAUCGACCUCGCCCGGGUCGAGAAUGGAGUCCCUCCCGAGCAACUUCGCCCAACUAUCUGCUUUGACGAAUGGAACGUCUGGGACCCCAUCCGUGCCGAAGGCAGUAAAGGCGCAGAGGAGUCCUACAACCUAUCCGAUGCCCUCGCGGUAGGCGUCUGGCUCAACGUCUUCGUCCGCAAGAGCAAGGAUGUCGGUAUGGCCUGUAUUGCGCAGAGCGUUAACGUAAUCUCGCCCCUAAUGACUACCAAAGAGGGUAUCAUCAAGCAAACUACCUGGUGGCCGCUGUAUCUAUUCUCAAACUACAUGCGGGGUUGGACCAUCAGCGCUCAUGUCUCUGCCUCUGCUUAUGAGGGCGAAACGCAGCCGAAAUGGGUGCGCAGCGUCAAGGACACCCCUUGGUUAGAUGUCAGCGCUACCCUAGGCGAGGACGGCUAUGUCAAUGUCGUUGUGAUCAACAUCCACGAAGAGAAGGGAAUCGAAGCUAAGAUUGAGGGACCCGCUGGCGAGGUCUCCGUGUUCACUGUUACUGGUGAUAGCCCGGCAGUGACGAACAUGAAGGGCAAGGAGGAGGUUAGUCUUGUUGAGAGAAAGUGGAGUGCACAGGGCUCGUAUUUGUUCCCCAAACACUCUCUUACCCUUCUGAGAUGGAAGGCUUAA